UUGAGUUUAUUUUGUAAAAUAUAAAUUAUUUUUUAUUUUUUAACUAUUAAAACACUGCUUUAAGACAAGGAUUUUAAUUAAUUUAUUUGCGUAUAUUUUUCGUUUAUUACAACAUUUAAAAAAAAUACGUCCUAAUCAAAAUCUGUGACCAUAUUAAAAUGUGAUUUUGCAAUUACAUAGGCUGAUUCAAAUUCUAAAGUCAUAAUUUUUAAUAUUCAACAUUUUACAUAUUUACUUAGAUUAUAAUUAAAAAUUAUCCAUUAAAAUGGCAAAAAAUUUAGAUGAAAUAAUAAACAUGAUAAAAAAUUUAGAUUUACAAGAUGAUGGAAUAUGUAUGAACCACAAAAUUAAAGCCAUUGAAUUAGAUUUUUGCAAUAUAGUAAAAGAUGAACAAAUGUUAAGUGAUUCUAUGGAUUAUAUAAACCAAAAAGUUCUCGAGGAUUGCGAUGCUGCUUUGAAAUUUGCUAUGCUUUUUUCAUCCAGAAAUUUCGAUUCCCUUGCUAUGCAUGACACAAAAGUAAGAUGCAAAAUGUUAAAUAUUUUGCAAAAAAAUUUUUCAAAUGCUGAAAUGUAUAGAAAAGAAAAUAAAAAUAUGCUAUAUAAUUCGGUCACUUUACUUGGAGAAUACUACAACAGAGUUCGUUUAGCUGAUGGAAGCCCUAUAGAUAUAUUAGGGGAAUCACUUCUACAGUUACUUACACAGGAAAUAGAAUUUGGUAAUACAGGCAGUACUGAGAAUUUGAAAUUUCCUAACAUGGAUUUUAAACUUUCAAAGUUGAUUUUGUCACAGGUUACCUUAAACGGUUCAAUUUUACGCUCAAAUCACAAAAAUGAAUUAAAUACGCUGUUGUUUUAUGUUAGGAAAAAUUUAAUUGAACAGCCCAAUUUGAAUGCGUCGGUCAAGGCUUUAUUAUUGAUGACGUUAGAUUUAUAUUAUAAUAACUUUACAAGUUUAACACCAGCUUUAGAAGAAAUGUAUACCAAAUAUUUGUUGGAAGAGGAAAACCAAAAGCAUGAUACCAAUUCGGAAAAAAAAAGUUUUGAAGAAUUACCUGUAAUAAAUAAAAAAUGGAGUGAGCAAGUUUGUGAAGAUAGUAUGUAUGAACUAGAAGCGCAAGAAGUCCCUGAAAUGGCAUCAAACAACAACAGUUUAUGCGGCAGUCAAAAUAAUAUUAAUAUUCAUGACGAUUUCCAGUACCAAUCCUUGCCCCCUCGCCCAACUAGAUAUGACGAAGAGCAAGACAACGUGAAGCCAUCUUCCCGUCGUGAGUAUUUUCCCCGCAGAAUAAAUAAAAAUAGGUCAAUGUCUCCACAAAACAACACAUUUUCCAUUAGACAAGCAUCAUCACAACCACGCCCGUAUAAUGGGUCUCACAACGAUAAAUAUGUAAACAGAAACAACCGAAACUCAAACCGCUAUAGUGCAAAUUUCGAAGAAGACAGAUCAAGUGUAAGAAGUGAAGGUGGUAGCAUAAAAUUGUAUAAUGCCGGUGAUUAUAGACACUCUCGGACAAGUGGGCGCGAUAUAGAUAGUUCCAGUCGGGACAGAAUGUCUGCAGUCGAUAGAAACAGUUGGGAUCGAGGUGGAGAAUAUAAUUCUUAUGAUGGUCGCCGACGCAGUAGCAGUCGUAGUCAACAAGACAAUAAUUACAACAACAACAAUGGUAAUAAUAACAGGAGUCGUAACACUUAUGAUCGUCCUCCCCGUUUUCGCAAUCUUGACAAUCAAUCAUGGCGUAUAGCCGCUCAAGAGAAAAAGUACGAUAGAUCCAGUUCUAAAGGCUCUGAAAGUAGAGGUUCUUCUAUGAAUCAUACAUUUCCCCGCAGCCAUAGACAAGGGAGUUACGACAAUUACAAUGGAGAAAAUUUUCGAAGCAGCAAGAAUAAUUUGCUCCGAAAUCAGACACCUGAAAUCAAUCUUAAUGAUGGAAGCAAUGAAACUGAAAAUUUUAACUCUAAGAAAAGUACUGACAAAGGUAGUAAUGCUGAUUUAUCAAAUAACCAACGACCGCAACAAUCAAGAAAUUUUGGCCGUAGCAAUAAUGACAAAUACGGUAGUCACUACAGUUUGUCUAGUGUGGAUUCUGGAACAUGGCAGCGUAGGGGCCGUCCAAAAAACCGUAAUUCUUAUCGUCGCAGAUCACAAGAUUGGGAUGACACCCGCAGCCUACAUGAAAAUUAUUCAUCUUCCGAUAAUAAAUGGGAUAAUUUAAAAGAUAAUGAAUUGGUAAAAAAUGCCAGAAAUACAACAAAAUAUAUGCAAUAUUUGUCACGAAAAAAUUAAAAAGUAAGUCUGUCACAACAUAGAAUAUAUUUAUUUAAAAAAAAUUUUAUCUCAAAAAAUUAAAUUAGAAUUUGUAGGAUAGAAAGAUUUUUAUUUUUAACAAAUACAUAUAGUGAUAUAACAAUGUUUUUAUUUGCAGUAUACUGCAUGAAUAUUUUUUAAAAAUUAUACAUAUAUAAAUUACUGCGUUGAAAAUACAAAAUAUAAGAAGAAUUAAAGCAACUCGUAAUUAAUUUAAGUUGUAAUUGAUACCUAAUUAGAAUUAAAAAUGUUGCCAUAUAAAAUGAAAUUGUACCUAUAUUUAUGUAAAAAUUCAAUUUUGUCAAUCCAUUUAAAAUCAAAAAACUUUGAAAUUCUCAUAAAUAUCAAAGAAUCAUAUGAAAUAUUAGUAGCAUUUUUGGUGUCAUAUGAAUAAAUUACGAAGUCUAAAAACAAAUAUUUUUCUACAUCUAAAUUUUUUUUUUUGUCUUCGUUACUUAAUUACUUUUAGAGUCCUACUAAUAUGCCUCAUGAUAUCUGGUUUUAUCUAAUAUUUUUAGUUACAAUUUGUCAUU